GAUAGUUAUCUUUUUAACCAAUCAAAAUCCUUGAAUCCUUCCGUGUGGAACUGUUGGAGAAAGUGUCGUCUUUGUUUUUGAGGCAGAACGCGACAGUGAAAACAUAGAUCAUAUAGCUUUUCCUAUUGGUAAUGUAACAGACAACAAAAGUUUGUAAUAUACAUUUCAAUAGAUUUAAAGAGGAACAGAAUUUUGCAUUUUGAGAAUGAACUUUUAUGGAGCUCCCACAGUAGACAAAGGUAGUCUUCAGGGACAGCCAGGGUACCCGUCCUCUGGCUACCCCCCUUCUCAGCCUGGCCUGGUACAGGGGUCGUCCCUGACCCAGCCCCGCUAUCCUGGUCCAGCUGGAGCAAUGGGUCAGCAGUAUGCAGGGGCUCCCAUGGGUACUACAGCCCAGGCCAUGCAGGGAUACAGCUCCAUUUCUGGCUACCCAUCAGGAAUGGCUUAUCCCAGUAGUAUGGCCGGCGCUGGGGUACAGUUUCGGUCGGCCCAGCCUGUACAUCACCCCUCCCUCCAGACCCUGCCCUCAACAACACUGGCCUACGCCUCGCAGUAUCCCUCCAUGACCCCCUCAUACCUCAGCUCCCAUCAGUUACAUCAGGGUACCAGCUACCCCCCAGGAAACCCUGUGAUGACCAUGCCAGGGGCUCUGGCACAUCAAGGGGGCUUUCCGGGUGUAACUGUGACCAGUGUCCCACGAGGAUUCCCUGUUGGAGCUCACAGUACCAUUCCAGCUGGACAUCCAAGCUCUCUGCCAGCUGGAAUGUCCCCCCUGGGGUACCCCAGUGGAUACCCUGGGCAGGGCCCCGCCUAUCCGUCGUCUAAUGCUUACGGUGGAGGACAGUACCCGGGGAUUUAAUCCGCCUAUACACAGACCACAGGCCAGGGACAGAUCUGAUGAACUACUACGUACAGGGGCUAUAGGAAUGAAGCGUUCAGUAGAAUGGGAUGUAGACAUCCGUUCAAUGCUUUAAUUUUGCUGCAAAUUAUUUAUUUCAAUUGUAACUUGAAUAACAUUGUAAACAUGUACUUGGAAAACAGAAGUGCAUAACUAGAGAAAGCACAGACAAACACAUAAUGACCUCCUCUUUCUAUGAUUUAUUGUAUAAUUUUAACAACUCACCAACAAAGUAUCAACUUCUGGCGGUGAGUGGAUUACCAGGGUACUGGCCGAUGUUUGCUAAGGACUAUUUAGAAUACAUUGGUUUGCAUAUCAGUUUCUUAGUUCGAGGUUAUAAACAAGAUCCUGCGUGUGGCAUUAAUGGUGAAUUCUUGAAUUGGGUAGAACUAUUAUCUUUAGAACAUGUUUUAUGAGUGGUUUGAGUAUAAGUGCAGUUUAGAACUGUCAAGAGCUAAAUCUGAUUGGUCUCAAGUGUAAACAAAACCUUGAAGCACUUUCUGCUUGUGAUUGAUCAUGAAACUCAAUAUUUAUUGUUAUACAAUAUUGAAUGUUCUGUGAUUCUGGGAGCCUAGCUCUUUUGUCCACAACAUUUAUGCAUGCAGAGUAGUUAUACAGUUAAACAUGCCAUCUGUCUGUGCAAGAGAAAUAAGUAGGAAAGAUAUUCAUAUGUUACAAUGGUUUAGAAUUCAGAUUGAAAAGCAUUAGUGAAAUGUGUAGUUUUUUUUUAUCCUUUUUGAUGCAAUCCAUGAUUGAGAGCUUUGAUUGUAAGAGUAUUGAAACUUGUGAAUUUUUUUCCUGUUACAGGAUGCAAACAUAUUUUUCUUAAGAACACUUGCUACAAAGUUCAUUUUAAUAUGCCGACAAGAUCAGCCCAUGUGUGUACAUAUGUAAGAGACAAGAUCAAUAAAAAUAAUUAUUAUUGAUAAAAGAGGAAUAUUAAUUUGCAAAAACUGUAGUGUGUCAUUUUAAUGAAAUCAGAAAAUUAAAGUCUAAUUUGUUUUUGACUUGUAGCAGGUGCUCUUCCCUCACACUAUAUUUUGUGCCAACAAUAUGUUGAAUAUCUCUGCAAGAUAUACCAUGUAUGUCUAAUAAAAAAAAUAUUGGAUGCAAAAUCUGUAGCUUUUUUUCUUACUUUCUUUUUAUUCAUUUUGUAUAAUUCCCUAUUUCUUUUUUUGUUUACAUAAAGUUUUGACAUAAUUUUUUGGAGCUUUUUUUAGAACUGAGGCCAUUUUAUACAAUAAGUUUUACUUGAACCUGGUUGUUAAUGUUAUUACUAUGUUGUAUCAUUAAAGUUAUCUCAGAUUCA